GGACGUGACAUACUUCCGGUACUGGCAGCGUAUCCAGAGGUAGAGUUGAAGAUGUCUAAUGGCUGCGGUGUUUCCUGCAGAUGUCCAGCAGCUUUUGGUGAUAAAAGAAGAGGUUCCCCAUGAAUGCAGUCUCAGUCUGGACCAUCAGCUUCUUCACAUAAAGGAGGAACAGGAGGAACUCUGGAAAAGUCAAGAGGGAGAACAGCUCAAUGGGCUGGAGGACAAUAUCUCUGGGUUCCCAUUCACUGCUGUUCAUGUGAAAAGUGAAGAUCAUGAUGAGAAACCUCAGUUCUCAACGCUUCAUCAAAGCCAAACUGAAAACAGCAGAGAGACAGAGCCUCCAGCUAGCAGCUCAGCUGAACAGAUAAAAAUAGGAAAUUAUUCUUCACCAGAUCCAGUCAGACACCCCCAUCCAGAUACUCCUUUACAAUCCAGUACUGAUGGAGAGGCCUCAGAGUCUGAAAAGACUGAAGUCAAUGAGGACGAUGAUUGGCAGGAACCUUUGUCAGAUUGUGGACCUGAAACUGAUGAAAGCGACAGUCGGCUGAAUGACAGCACAAUAACUGAGUCAGGUGUAAAUAAUGAUGUGAGAUGUAACGCUGCAAAAAAGUCUCUAAGCUGCUCUGAGAGUGGAGAACAGUUUGUCUGCAAGCAGUCUCUUCAGAAACACGUGACAUGUCAUUCAGAAAAAAGGUCUUCCAACUGUUUGGUUAAUGAGAAAAUUUGUAGAGUGGAGCAAAGUGUCGAUUCUCAGGUGAAACGAUUUGGAUGUGAUGACUGUGGUAAACGAUUUAACCAAAAGAAAGAUCUUAGAAUACACAUGAGAGUCCACACGGGAGAGAGACCAUUUGGUUGUACUGAGUGUGGUAAAAGAUUUAGAUAUCAAGGAAAUCUGAAGAUGCACACAAAAGUUCACGCAGAUGAAAAACCAUUUGGGUGUGAUGAUUGUGGACAAAGGUUUAGCCGAAAGACAAAUCUUACCAGACACAUGAGAGUCCACACGGGGGAGAAACCAUUUGGCUGUGAUGAAUGUGGACAAAGAUUUAACCAUAAGGCAAACCUGAAACUACACAUAAGAGUACACACAGGGGAGAAGCCCUUUAGUUGUGAAGACUGUGGACAGAGGUUUUACCACAAGACUGAUCUUAAGAGACACAUGAGAAUUCACACAGAGGAGAAACCAUUUGUCUGUGAUCACUGUGGUAAACCGUUCAGAUAUCGAUGUAAUCUGAGGCGGCACAUGUCAGUUCACUCAGGAGAGAAACGGUUUGUUUGCGGCGUUUGUGGUAACAUAUUUAACCGAGAGGGAAAUCUAAAGAUACACAUGAGGGUCCACACGGGAGAGAAACCAUUUAGCUGUUACGUUUGUGGUAACACGUUCAACCGGGAGGGAAAUCUAAAGAUACACAUGAGAGUCCACACUGGAGAAAAACCAUUUGACUGUGAUUUUUGUGGUAAAAGUUACAGACAUCAGUACAGUUUUAAAACACACAUGAAAAUCCACGUAGUAUAGAAACUGCACUGUUGCACUUCAUUAAAACACCACAUUUUCUAAUAUAUUUAGUAUAUUCUAUUUAAAAUAUUUUAUUCUUUAUUUAAAAAAGAUAACAAUUGAUCAGUGCACUGUGAUCUGUGUCACGGAUACAACCCAGGAGUAUGAGGGCUGCAUAUUAGUUAGCAUGAAAGGUGGAGGCACUGACAGUCAAAGAUGGUGUGGAUUUAAAGAAGAAAUGAGGUGUGUAACAGUCAACUGUUUUUAAUGUGCUUUUUUACUGUUUUGUGUACAAUGUGCAUAUUCAACACCCGCAUUUACUUAACAUGUACAGUAUUAUACCGAUGUCCAGAACUUCUUUACACUUCUUCUACUUGUCUUAGGUAUCCCACGAUAAUUUCAUAAUGCAUCUUGAGAUACACACUGCUGUGGUGUCCAUAAACGUGGAGUCUGUGUUUUAUAUGCGUUGCCAGCAACAAAAGAAAAAGAAUGCUGGGACUUCUUCCCCUCCUGUGUCGACUCUCUUUGUUAUGCUCAUUCUGUCUGUAAACAUAGUAGCUCAAAAAGUUUUGGAUGAAUUCUGAUAAAGACUUUGUAGGGGUGUGGAGUCAUGUUAACAAUCCAUUAAAAUUAGAUUU